CACAAGACGUUCAAGAUCAAACGCUUCCUUGCCAAGAAGCAGAAGCAGAACCGGCCUAUCCCGCAAUGGAUUCGCAUGAAGACGGGCAAUAAGAUCAGGUACAACUCCAAAAGGAGACACUGGAGAAGGACCAAACUGGGCUUGUAAGAGAGACUGUCUCCUGGGAAACUCUAAUAACACUUGUCUUUCUGCAUCAGACUGAUACACCUGUGGCUGUUCGGCAACCCCAAGUGAUUCCCUCUGUAAUGUUGGACUGCAUUCCCCAGAU